GGUGAAAAAGAGGAAGCCACGUUGUCACAAAAGUGGUAUUUGUUUCUCCCCCAAACUGGUGUAAUAUCAGCAGGACCGUUAACAGCUGUUCGCAGAUCUUGACAAAGGUAAGAGGUCCACCUGAUCAUCAGAAUGAGUGUUGGGUUCAUUGGGGCAGGCCAGUUGGCUCAUGCCUUGGUCAAGGGCUUCACAGCAGCUGGCGUAAUUGCAGCGCACAGGAUAACAGCUAGCUCUCCAGACACAGACCUGCCUACAGUCUCAGGCCUAAGGAAAAUGGGGGUGAACUUCACAACCAGCAAUAAGGAGGCCACAAAAAAAAGUGACGUUUUGUUCCUGGCGGUCAAACCUCACAUCAUUCCUUUUGUUCUGGAUGAGAUUGGACCUGAUAUUGAGGAUCGACAUCUCAUUGUGUCCUGUGCAGCUGGAGUCACCAUAAGUUCUAUUGAGAAGAAGCUGCUGCAGUACCGAACGACUCCCAAGGUAAUGCGCUGUAUGACCAACACCCCAGUGGUGGUGCGGGAGGGGGCCACGGUGUAUGCCACCGGCACCCAUGCUGACGUGGAGGAUGGGAAACUUCUGGAACAGCUGAUGGCCAGUGUAGGCUUCUGCACAGAGGUGGAGGAGGACCUGAUUGAUGCUGUUACAGGCCUCAGCGGUAGUGGACCAGCUUAUGCCUUUACUGCUCUUGAUGCCCUUGCUGAUGGUGGUGUGAAGAUGGGACUUCCCAGGAGACUUGCAGUCAGACUGGGUGCUCAGGCUUUGCUGGGAGCUGCUAAAAUGCUGCUAGACUCUGAACAGCACCCAGGCCAGUUAAAGGACAAUGUGUGUUCACCAGGGGGCGCCACCAUCCACGCCCUCCACUUUUUGGAGAGCGGAGGGUUCCGGAGUCUUCUCAUAAAUGCCGUAGAGGCAUCCUGUAUCAGGACUAGGGAGCUGCAGUAUCUUGCUGAUCAGGAGAAGAUCUCACCUGCAGCAAUCAAGAAGACAACGCUGGACAAAGUUCUGCAGCAGCCUGGUGUCUCUGAAACGUCUGUGACAACCAAGAGCAGAGUGAAUCUCUUCAACAACAGGAGUGGAGUGAAGAAGAGCUGAAAAGGAAUGUGACACAUUCUCCAAGUGCCCUGUCACUGAGACAAAUACAGACUUCACAUGGCUACACUUAUGUUGCUGAAGAGCAUAUCCGUCCGAAACACACACACACACACACACACACACACACACACAGACUGAGUUGAACAGAAGUGCAUUUACAACAUGCUGUCUGUAUCCCUGUGCUUUCCUGGUCUGAGGGGAAUAACAUGACCUCAGUGUAAUAAUGUGUUACAACCUCGGGAGACAGAUGGCAUCCGUUACGUUGUCAUUUUUUUUUUUUUUUUAAUGUAGUACUUUCACGUCUAUUUUGACAUGCCCAAUCAUAAAACAAACAAAAUAUAUGUGUUUUGUUUUAUUUGUUAGCCUUGUCUUUCUGUUUCUCUUUUUUUCUUUCUGUUUUGUGUCCUCAGGUUUUCAGUGAUAUGGCAGACUGAAUAGUGAGAGGAGGAGGUGUGAAAGAGGAUAUUUUUCAUCAGUGUCGCCUCUCACUGGCAUCCUGCCAUUAACUGUCAGCCUGUGUCGUUGCAUAUGAUUAGUCAUAAAUACUUAUUUUGAUCAUGGAAAUUGUCAUUAGUGUCAUUAGUCCACUACCUAAGCUCAGAAUUUCCAUGCUCUCAAAAGGUUUGGAAAACAUUAAGAUACAAAUGGUUUCUAUCUGUUGUCUUUUUGUUUUAUGCUUUAUCUCCCUGGUUACAGAGAAUUUUUUAAAUUAUACUUACUGUAUUAAAAUACAAAGGAAAACUGUUAAUCUGCAGUAUUCUUUGAAACACCUACACAAUGUCAAUGACUGUUAAAUAUUUAUGUAAACAUGCCAUUUCUAUAUCAAGAUUGGAUAGAUGAAAUGAAUUUCAGCCAAACUAAGAAAUCACAGUAUUUUGUCUCAAAUGGAACAUAUCUGCAGCUGCUAUGAACUGUGUUCCCUCUGGCAAUUGUUACAAAAGCAUCAUCUUCAAUAUUAAAGGUGUUAUCAUUGGAAAA